GUUCAUUGAAUUUGGAAGAGGAAAAGUGAUACCAUUAACUCCAGACUCGUCCACCGAUCUUCCAAAUGAAAUAUGUAACACAGGUAAAAUUGUCGUGAAGAAACGUAUACCAAAAAUUGAGAAAGGCGACAGCAUUCAACUAUCGGAUAAUGCUCUGCGCUCUGCAAACGGUAAAAUGAUGCAGAGAAAGAAGAAAGGACGCUUGUACAGUUUAGGUGGAAAUGAACCGAUGAAAAAACCACGUGGACGAUUAGAUAGACUUAAAACGGUCGGAACAUUUGAUUUGGGUACUGAAAUGUCGGUGCUUAGUGAAGUAGCUAGAAAUUUAAAUGAAAAAAUAAUUAGUGGUGAUAUUGAUAUGGCUGGUAGUAGUAGUGCUGCUGGCGGUCUUGGUGCUCACAGACGAUUGAGUACCAUUCCGGCCGUAUCAUCGAAUGAUCUACAAGGACUAAGUACGCCUAAAUGCGGACGCAGGGAAAUUCAAGAAAGCAAUAGUAGUCACAGUAGUCACUCUAGCAAACGCAACGUUAGUAAACUAGAUGGUAGUAGAACAAUUGUAUAUUUUGACCAACAUAUAAGUGACUUAAACAAUAGAAAACUCAAAUUUAACAACAGCAACUUGAGCCACACAAAAAUGCAGCAUUCAGCUGACGAUUGUCUGGACAAAUCCAAGCCAAGUCCAAACAAUCAAAAAUCUCGAAGCUUAAGCUCAAGUUCGUGCUUAACCAAAACAUCCGAUAGGGAACGUACAGCUCAAAUUAAUGCAUUAAACAGCAAUCGAAUCAACAACAAGUCAUCAUCGAAAGUUGACGAAAACAUGGUGUUCAUCAGCAUAAAAGAUUCCAAUAAAAUUCCAUCAAUUGAUUCGCCCGACGAUAAAGCCAGUAAAGAAAUGGAACACACGUCGACUGAUUCGAACAAAAUCGAGCUGGAUAUGCGCAGUGCUGAGGAUAUAAAUAAAAUUGACGACGAGGUAACAUUCAAAAAUCGCCCCAGAAAGCCGAUGCUCCGGAAAUCACAAAGAAUCGUUCGAACGGACUCGGAAAUAUUCGACGAGAACAUCAUCUGUCGCAACGAGAUCGUACUACAAACGAACCGGGACAUUCAAAUUCACAAAGAGCCCGAGUAUUAUUUCAACAGUGAAUCGGCAUCCACGACACAUGGCAGUCGCAUUGCUUCGAGUGAUAUUGAAGACAAUAUUUGCUCGCCGAAGGACUUACAGAAAUCGACCGACGACAGUUCACGCAAUCUAUCCACCGACGAAUUGGACACAGUCUUUUCGGAUACAACCGAUUUGGAGCGAUUGGAUCGAGAGUACAGGGAAUUAGCGCGAUCCAAUCUGCAACGAGAGUAUAAAAGCGAUGGCGACAGUUUGGAUGAAGUGGGCAAGAAGCGAAACGAGUAUCUCAAGUGGAAAAAUCAAAGUUUCGAAAAUGAUUUCGAGCUGUACAAUGACAAUAUGAAUCCGAAUUCUGGUGCUGCGUGUAGUCAACUGCCAUCGACAACUAAUACCAGUGAAAAUAGCAGCGCCCGAUGUACAGCUGAAAGGAAAUGUCCUACACGCGAUUACGACAGAUAUACUCCGUCGCGAACUUGUUCGCCAAAGGAGAGUGACAACAGUACGCUAACCAGUCCUAUUCGAGCUCCGUCAGCGUGUACCGAAAAAUCGUCAACGAAUUCGAUUGAAAAUGUUCGUCCCACAAAGCUGGAAAUCGCUCAAAAUCCACCAGCUAAAGAAGGUACAAUUACCAGUCUGUUCGAGAAACGGUUCGGAAAAAUCAAAAAAAUCAACAAAUUGCUGAAAUGUAAGCGAUUCAGUGCGUCGGCUCUGUACGAUAAGAAGAAGACUGUCGACAUUGAACUGAAAAAUAAUCCACAAAAGGUGGAUAAACCGUCCAAAGCGAAGAGUUGCAGUCCUCCCAAGACAACCGAUUCAAAGAAUUCGAUACAUGCGUCGAAAUUGUCUCUGUUCCAUCCAAAAUCAGAACUGAACACAACCAGUUCCAGUCGCACGAAAUUAAACGAACUAUCCAAGUCGAAUUUCGAAAUAAACAACUUCAAGUCGAGUCCAUCGAGAUUCAGCACCAAGAGAUCGGUAAAGGAUAGUAAGAAUAACAGCACCGCUUGCCUGUACAAAGAACAAAAACAUUCGCCUCUAUCUGAAGAAUUCUAUAAUAAAACCGGAAGCGUUCGUCUAAGCGCCAUGGAAUUGUACGAAAAAUUCUGCUCAGAAGACUUUGGGGGCCUGUACAAACAUGAGAAUGGAAAGAAUACCGAUGAGUCGUGCGGCGGAUAUAGAAAUUGGCAUGAAUAUCGUUUGGGCCACAAAGGCCUUGGAGCAGUUAAGAAAUAUGCACGAGGGAAGAAUGCCCGACUGCUGCGCCAAAAGAGUGAACCAAAAUUCUCAUUUCGCGAUGGCAGUGAGUCGCGCGGUGACAUACCAUAUUUUCCAGAAGAGGAGUACGAGGACAUUUAUGAAGAAAAUGCCAAUGACGAAUGCAAUGAACAAGAAGAGGAAACCGACGAGUAUGAAGAUGGUGAAUACGAGGAUGAAGAAGGUGAUUAUUAUGAGGACGAAUGUGAAGAAGAGCAGGAAGAAGAAGAGGAAGAAGAUAUCGACGAACAAGAAGAAGUGAAGAAUGUGGACGAUUUGCAACGGACAUAUAUGUCGGAAAUCGAUGCUGAAGAAGACAUUGAUGAAGAGUACGAAGCCAAGGCAUAUCAUUCAGAGAUUGAAGAUAGAGGCGACAUGGAUUUGAAUAUUGGUGCUGAUUCGGACGUCGAUGAAAUAUUCCUAAUGCCAGCACCGAAAGUAGAUAGAUACGACGAGUAUGGCUUCGAAAACAAGCAAUUCACAUUGGAGCAGUCACUACUAAAUCGUUCCAACGGAAUCGAAUGCAAUUUGAAUGAGCUCAGCGAGAGCUGUGUCGAUAGCAAUUUUCUGAACAUGAGUGCUCAUGAUCGCAGAGAAAUUGUGUCGUUCGGUAGCGACGAAAUCUUGACAAUCUACAAAAUAUGUUCGAAAGACGAUAUCCUCAAUAUGAAAGAUGAAAAAAUCCAUAAAACCGUUUCAGCCCAGGAAUGUCUGAAUACGGCUUCGAUGGCACUGGAACGUGCUGUUAAUGAGUACAUAAAAAGUGCUCCACCUGACAUUGAAGUCGAUUUGGAACCGAGUAUAUACAAAACCGAUGUUAUCGCACGGUCCGAGUCGUUCGAAUUAUUAAGUAGUUCGAGUGGCACAAUUCGCUCGGGAAGCACAUUGACGGAAUACGCUUUCGAUACGGUCAGAAAUUUGAAUUUGGACAGUUGUAGUACGUCAAAAUUGAGCUUAUCGUUGAAGAGUGAAAUUUUCGAUGAUUUCACUUUAACACCUGAUGAACCGAAGGUCCUUGUUAAUUGCGAAUUUGAAGAUUUUACGCUAACACCAGAAGGGUCAUUCAGUGAAACGGCAUCUGAUGCCAAUAACUCAACAGUUCACGGCGAAACUUUAAUUCAGAAAAUGAAUAAUGAUUCGGUGGACAGUGAAGAUCCGACAAGAAAAGAUGAAUCGAUCACUAGUAACGAGGUGAUGAUGAUUGUGGACAAAUUUUUAGCAAACGAAAAACUGUUAUACGAACGAUGCAACGACUAUCUUCCAUCGACAUCGACCACCAAUGCGGAACAUGAAAAUGUUGCUAGUCCAGCGUUUCUAUCGAACCAAAAUCAAAGUCCUGGUGCAAGUGAUUCGCAACGACAUCAGUCAUUCUCCUCAACUGACACUGAAAAAUUCAGCAUCGUCGAUCUGGACGAUGAAUCCGCAAAAAAUGCCGUUUCUGAUUUCACAUCGGAAAUAACAAAAGAAUUCGAUUUGCUAUUUUCGCGAGCUCAACUAGAGAUCGACGAGAAUUUGAUGGUCGAAGAAGACACGGAGCCGGCCAAUGAUUCGCAAUUAACCACUCACGAUCGAUCGUCUCCGCAACGGAUACCAUCGCGUUAUUCGAUGCAAAGACUGGAACCGUAUUUCGUAGCUGAAUCGGAAAAGGCGAUAACAAUCCAGUCGCUCAGCCACAGUCCGUCGACCCAAAAUGAAUAUUGUAAAGUGUUAGAUGUGCACGACGGUUCGUUCAUUCAUAAACGAGUUAUAUCAAAAUUAAAGAAAAAUCGAAGUCAAUCGUUAGGCAAUUUAAGUAAUAAAACUCGGUGUUUUCCACUGUAACAGUAAAUCCUUUCGUUAUGUUGUGCAAUCGUAUAUAUGCAAUCGCAAGACAGAUGACAUGGAAUCGCCUGUCCCGUAAUUUUAGAAUUUAUAAAAACAAAAUAUUUUGGCUUAUUGAAGCUGAUAACUUGGAAAAGUUUUAACAUUCAGUGCGAUAAAUAGUACGAUAAAUCUGUUGAAUGAGAAAAUUACAAGAAUUUUUAGUCACAAGAGCCCUAGAGUUACAUUCACAAUUUCGACGCAUUUUAAAUUAGAAAGAUUUACAUCAGUUACAGAUCUCUGCCAUCUGUCCAAAGGUUGCGAUCUAAGAUUUUCGUUCAAUGAAAAUAGUAAAAAUAAAUUGUAAAAAUGUUCAUGUAGAAGGAUUGUGUAUGCAUGUCAAAAUGUCGAAAUGUUAUAACAAACCCUGUAACAAGCAUCCAAUAUUCUUCUUUACAUUUAAAAGACCAAUUCCAUCAAAUAAAAUAUUUUUGUAUUAAAAUCCACGUACAGUCAGCAAGCUUUUUAUCGGGUUACGCAUCUUCUAUUUCCGUUCCAAGAAAAUUGAUCGAAGGAAUGUUUCUGGACACCAUGAGUGUCAACACAUCAUUCGAUCGUGUACUGUUUACCACAUUGCCUUAUAAUCAAUGUUUUCGGUCUGAUUUUCAGACAUUUACUAUUUUCAUAUGAAAAUUCAUACACGAACAGCAUGUAACAUACUAGCUAAACACACGGGUACACGUUAGUUUUAACAAUGAAAUUUCUCAACAGCAAAAUCUACUUCUUGAAUACGGUCUCCGAGUGUCCGAGUUCUAGACCAAUUGGAACAAAAGGUAAACCAGAUGUUUAACCAGAUAAACUUUGCUCACUGUAAUAUAUUUUAUCAUUGUUAAUCCCAAAUUUGUUAUUUAGUUAGUCAAGAGUCUUAGAAUGUUAGCUUUGAUAAUAAAGGAUAAUUUAUGGAACAAAUGAAAAAAAUAUUUUGUUAAAAUGAUUUCAAUGAAACUAAAAAAAAAUGAAUAAAAUUCUUACCUCGAUGAUAUAUAAUGCCAGUGUCUGAUUAAAAGAAAAUAAUUUUUUAAAGAUAAUUGAAAAGGUCCGAAAUCAUAUUCAAACAUUUUAUAGUUUGAGAUGGUAUAAUGCAGGAAAAUAAACUAGAAAGGAUAUCAGUCCCUUCAAUCUCCCGAUAUCCUUUCGUAUUGAAAACUGAACAUUGUCUUUCAGAAAGCUUCUUUUUGUAACUGUUAGAUUUAUAUCACACGUAAAGAAAAAUAUGAAUGGAAGAUACAGUUCCUUAAAUAAUUGAAAUUCCUAUUAAUACUAACUGCAGGCAUCGUACGAAAAACAUUAAAAUAAAAAUCGAAAUUCGCUAAAAUAUUUCCAUCUCAAAAUUUUAUGGUCAUUGCCGUUUUGUAACGUGUAGGCUCGUGCUCGUCAAUGACUUAACGUCCCAAAUGUACUUUAGAAAUCCUGUUGAUCUUUCAAAAAGGACAAACAUAUCAGCAGUUCUACUAUCGGAUCUAUUACUUCAUUUUUGAUAUAACAAAAAAAAUCAGAAGAUUCAUUUCAAAUCUUUUACCACAUUUGUUCUGAACUUGCAUCGCUUCAUUUAUCGCUAUAAACGAUAUCGUCCAUCGUGACCAGAAGAACUUUAUGGUCAUACUGACCUUUAAAUUUUGGUUAGUACGUCGCUACGUGAUACACCAGUGGACAACUGAAACUUUUGAACGUAGGAAUUCUCUAUGUUUGCCAUUGAACUCAUCAUUAAAAUCUUUGACAGAAUUCUACAUUUCAAGGAGUGAAAUACAUGCCAUACAAAUUAGACGUGAAAAUUAAUAUAGGCGAGCACGUAUGAUGUCUGUGACUGAGCUUUUCCUUAUUUUGCAAAACCUACAAAAAAAUCUGACAAUUUUGCAUGUGUCUAAAAACUAUAACUAAAUUGAUACUUCCAACCCCUUGACCAAAAGCAUAACUUUUUACUGCACGACGUCUUUAUGUGUUACAUCCUUCGAAUAUUUAUAUGGAUGUAUCCAACGUAGAAACAGAUGAACGGAUAAUUUUGUAUGUUUGUAAACGUGAGGUGUAUUUUUGAAAAUUGUAAAAAUAAAUUUAAGUAAAGUGUGAAACCAAACCGAAUUCUUUGCUGAACGUAUUUCUUCUUAAUAAAGUGACCGAUUAAAAAUUCCAUAUUUUUUAAUAGAAAUUUUGUGAAAUAAAUUUUUGUACAAAAACAGAGAUGUUUCUAAUAUUUGCUGUAACAUUUUCUAAAAGCUAUACCUAUAUGUAAAUGGAUGGACUCCCAUUUAAAAUAAAAGCCAUUUUGAGUUUUACGAUAACAAUCUAAUUAUAUAUAACACGUGCACUAUUUGACAUAAUUUAAACCGAACCUUUUUGUUUAGCCCUUAGCAGACGGCUGCUAUGUCAUCUUUUAUCGACAGUAUUCAACUUGAUUGUAUGAAAUUGUAUUAGUAAAACUAAUGAAGUACUAGAUUUUGUAGAUAAAAUUAUUGUUGAAAUUAUGUACUUGCCGUCUCUAAAAGAGUAAGACCAGAAGCUACUUUUACAAUCCUCCAAUGAAGAGUAACUGCAGGAAAUAAAGGAAAUAAUUUUUUUUAGGAGAGUAGAACAUUGCCCUAGGCACCAGUAAAUGUCGAGAACAGCUAGACUAGAAAGUAGGAACUUCGAAUAUUACUAGUUUUGCAUCACCAAGGGCAGAGAAAAUGCACAAGUACAUUGUAUAUCAGGUCUUACCUCUUCAAUAACAUGAUAUGAUAAUGAUAAUAAUGUAUAACAGAAAAUGAAGAUGAGUUGAAGAAUGAAUUUAUUUAUUUCUUGAUGUUGUAAAGCUAGUUUCAUUUAACCUUUUAAAUUCGAUAUAGUCAACGGAAGUGUGAAGCGAACGUAGAAGAAUACAAGAAGGUGAAAUUCAACGCCAUAUAAAAUUGGGCUGGUAUAUCUAAAAGGGAAAGCUUAAUAAAAAAAAACCUUCGGACAACAUCCUAACGUUUAGUCUCUUUUCAACUAAUAAUUAAAAAAGAAAUCCAUUUUCUCUCCGUGCGUUGAUAUAAUUAAAUUAAGCUUCUUAAACGUUUUGUCCCAACUCCCAAUUAAUGAAUGUUCGUUUAUUGAAUUUUAAAUGUUUUUGUAUACAACAAAAGUGAUAAAAAUCUUUAAAACUUUGAUGGACAGAAUACGGAAGUCGAAGUAUUGGUCCGCAUAGUAUCGAUUGAAUAUUCAUUCGAUUUUCAUUGUCUCCAUAAAAUUUAUUGUUUGUAUGAAAUAAGAUAUAUAUAAACGGACAUCAAACGUUUUUUUUAAUAUGUCAACAACAGGAGCGCCGAACAUAUAAAAUUAUUGUAACCAUUUUUAAUAAAAUGUAUAUUAUCUUAAGCAAGACCGAAUUUUUAUAAAUAUUUUUCAUUUUGAUUUUUCGAUUGCAAAUUGCUCAUAUAAUAUUUAACUAAAUAAACAAGAAAAAAUGACCAAUCUAUUGACUAUGAUCAAGCCAUCCAUUUUUACUAUUUAUUGAUUUUCUUAGUCAAUGCAAAACGUUUGUAAUUAUUUACACGCAAGGCACUUUCUCACCCAGCAAUACAUUUUACUGCGUGAUUUCUAGACACCUUAAUUAGUUUUUAAAAAAAAGAAAAGAAAUGAAGAAAACAAAAAACAAUUGAAGUUAACCAAAAACAAGCCAAACUAUUAUACUAACUAAAAUGAAAUUUAGACGUAAGAUAUAAAUAAAUUAUUGAGAAAGAAUGCAGCAGAAGAUGAUGAAGAAAUAUUUAAAA